AUGUUCAGACAAGUUUGUGACGGAUCAUCCUUCAACGUCUCAUCUCAAGCUGCUAUGUUUGUGCUCUGCCUAGCAAUAGCAUUUACAGAGCUGCAGAGGACGGGGGCCAUGGAGCUGGUGGACACCGGGCCUCAGACCAUGAUGAAAGCCCAGGGAGAGAGCGUGCUUCUGGGCUGCAGGUACAAGCCAGGCCCUGCCGACACCGGGGCCCUGGACAUCGAGUGGUCCGUCGUGAGCCCGGACACCACCCAGAAAGACCAGAUGCUGCUCUCGUACAGCGGUGGUCUCGUCUACGUUCACUCCGAAAACCCGCUGUCCCAAGGCAUGACUUUCGCCAGCCCAGACCCUUCCUCUGGAGACGCCUCUCUCUCCAUCGCUGCAGUGAGCCCGGCCCACAGCGCCACCUACCAAUGCAAAGUGAAGAAGUCUCCCGGGGUGGACGCACACAAGCUGUCCCUGCUCGUCCUGGUGAAGCCCUCCGUGCCGCAGUGCUGGGUGGAGGGGUCCCAGGCGGAGGGGGAGCCCGUCACUCUCCUCUGUAAAGCUGCCAGAGGCUCCGGGCCCCUGACCUAUACGUGGAGGAGGCAGAGCGGACCACCGGGAGCAAGUCUGCAGCCACAGGAGAGUGCAAGCGGAGAACUGCGGAUCAGCAACCACUCGCAGAGCCACGGGGGACUGUACCUCUGUGAAGUGAAGAACGCCGUGGGCUCGGAACAAUGCCAGCUUCACCUCAGAGCCAGCAAACCUCCUAAUCGAGCGGCGGUGAUCGUGGGGACAGUGAUCGGCUGCAUCCUCCUCCUUCUCAUCCUCCUCCUCUUCAUCGCAGUGCUCUACUGGAAGCUCCGGUCUCGGCACUCGUACGACAAAGAUCUGUCCAACGACAUCAGAGAGGACGUGCCGCCUCCAGAGAGCCGGCCGGUCAGCCGCAGGACGACCCGGAGCAGUGGCCCCUCCCACCACCACGUCACCUACGACCCACUGGGGGGGACGGAGCUCAGCUGGUCCGAUGACCUGCACUCAGAGCUGCCCUCAGACCUGGCCUCCAGCAAGAACCAGGUCCACAGCCCGCCCCUGUACGACAGAAAGUACGGCUACGCGGUCUGA